AGCGACUCGGAGCAACCGUACACGUAAGGCGGGCAGCCUGCCAUGACUAGCGUUCCAGCAGUUGCGGACGUUCAGAUAUGUCAACUAUUUCUACCAGUGCUAGUGUUCCCACGUCGCAUUUCGAACAUGCGUCCAAACUGGUGAAAUCGCGCAGCGCAGACACCUUCAUAUGGUGGCCCGGCUCCAGAAUGAUAGCUUGUUUUUAUUCGGUCAUCAUCGGUCCUAUCACCCUCGGGACUCUCCUCCGUUGAUUCAACCAGAUUGAGAAGAAGUUCGGCGCCGGUGUCGACACCAUGAAAGUCAGGCGCGUGUUCUUGAAGGCGGAUGAACCCUUCCAGUACGACCUUCACGACACGGGGUUUGUUCUUGACUCCUCAGAUACACUGCAGCCAGGGGACUACGGAUGCUUUCAACUCACAGUCAGCGACAAGUCUCAGCCAAAGUAUGAUGGUACCGAAUACCCGUUCUCGCACAAAACCUUCGUUAGGUCUCUUGGAGACAUCAGGCGUCGAUUUUCACAUCUCAAUGAUGAUAUCCAAGACUCGUUUCGUGAAACAGUACUAUGUAAGACGUGAUGGCGGCCAGUGCAUCUUCACGGGGUCAGAUGAUUCCGUAGACGUGCAUUGGACUAUCCCUCCACCGGCGUAUAUGAGGGUCUGUAUUUGUGCACCAUUCCAUUGCAUGCAGCAGAAACUGACAACAUCGCAGAUCCCAUCUCCAGCAGGAAAGCCAUGGUUAAUCACACCUGAGCACUUGAAGGAGACAAGUAACCUGCUCACUAUGCGUCCCGAUAUCCACGAGUUGUGGGAUUCGAACUCCUUCAGUGUCGAUGUGAAUGUGAGCCAUUUGAACAUGCUCAAUCAUGUCGUGGUGUUGGUUUAGUGAGCGUUGUCACCGUCGGCGUCAAGACGUCGAGGAUCGCGCGUGUGCCUACUACGGCGGGCCGGUGCUGGGCCGGUGGCUAAACUGGAUCUCUCCUCCUCCUCCUCCUCCGCCUUGAAUUUUUGUUGAAGACGUCGACG